UUGAGAAAAUUUGUGAUUUUUACAUCGUUUAAAAUGGAUCUCGAACCUGACGAUUCAUCGAAAACACCGCUUAGUUCACCACCAAGUACAGAAGAAGCAUCAAUGUGUCCGGAUUAUAUUUCAUCGUAUACACAGAUAUCACAAUUUAAUCAUGAUAAUGAUGAUGAAACCGUUGGUGAUCAUACGGAUAUUGAAUCUGAAUCGGAUAAUGAAUUUGUCAAUGAUGAUGAUGAUGAUGAACAGAAAUCAUUUCCAGAUUUGAAACCAAAAGAUUCAAAGAAAAAAGAUCCAAUUGCAUUGCCCGAAUUAUCAUCACAGAUAAUUGAAUGGUCGAAAAAAACAUUUGAAUCAUAUCAGGAUUCGAAUGAAGAAGAACGGCCCAAUCGUUCUGAAACACGACCACCACAACUAUCAUCUGAACCACCUAGCGGCGAUGGUCUAGUAGAUGAUCGAAAUGAAAAAGAAAAAUUGAAAUUUUUUCAAAUGAAAUUCAUCAUGGAUAUCGAAACACAAGCAAUGAUGAUUGCUGAAAAUUUAAAUCAAAUAAUGACCUAUUUAAAUUCCUAUUCAACUAAUGUAACGACAUCAUCGACAGAUGUGAUGGAAAUCUAUCGUGAUAAUGUAUUCGAUACCUGUGAUCAUAUUGAUGCCGAUAUAAAGUUAAUGUAUAAAAUUAUAUCAAAAUGUGAAGAAUUGAAUAAAUCAUUACAAUUUUUGGAUGAACUUCGAAAUCGUAUCAAAGAUAUUAAACAAACAUUGGACACAUUCGAACGAAUCAUUAUGUAACCUGCCAU